AUGGUGGCUUAUAAGAAACCAAACAGAACGAAACAAUCGUUACCUGGGUUUGUUGCAAAGGAUAACAUUAAGAAGAAAAAAUUAGCGACUAUGGUAAGAAUCACUUUUAUCUGUCGGAGUUUAUGUCAAAUAUGUCUCAAAACACUCAACAAAGGUUCAAAGUCUUCUUCAAAAUCGCCUCGCGGUCGAAAACGUAGAACAGUUCCUAGAGAGUUAGAUUUUACAGGAUAUAACCCUAUUAUGGUGGUUGAGCAUCCGGAAAAACAAAAAGUGGCAGUAAAAGGUGCAGACUACAAUGGAGAACAGCUUUACUCCAUGUUAGAAGGGUCGGUCAAUAUUGUAGAUGAGUUGGCACAAGAACUUGUCGUUGAGUAUGAGCGUAAAACUGUGGCAAAUUAUGGCAUUGACAAAAAAGAGCUUGCACGAAUGACUGCAGAAGAAUUGAGGGAUUAUGCCAAAUUUUUUGCAGCCGAAAUUAAUCACCACCAACUUAACGACCGUGACUCUCAACUAGUGUGA